UUUACACACACACACACACACACACAUCAUCAUCAUGACGACGAUGAUGCAGCUUUUCCUUCACUCCAGUUACUCCACAACCAAACCCCGUUGUUGAUCUCUCUCUCUCUCUCUCAUGAACACACUCAUCUUCCAAGCAAACAAGUGAUUCCGAUUCAUCAACAAACUCUCACAUACUUGCCUUCAAUCUAUCAUCUUCCUGAUGCUGAUGGUGAUGCAGUUUUCUACCUAUUUGUGUUGGGGUUUUUGUUGAAUGUUACCUGUUCGAGAGUUGUGUGAUGCUUUGAAGUGGUUUUAGUAAAUGGCAGGGGAAAUCGAAGAACCGUUUCGUUUGAAUUUUCAGGCUGACCUCUUGCACUCUGGUUCAAUCUCCUUUGGAAGAUUCGAAUCUGAAUCAUUAUCUUGGGAAAGGAGAUCAAUUUUUUCGCACAAUAGAUAUCUUGAAGAGGUUGAGAAAUACUCAAAACCAGGUACAGUUACUGAGAAAAAGGCCUAUUUUGAGGCUCAUUUUAGAAGGAAAGCCCUUCUAAAGCAAAAUUCUUCUGAAUGUCAAGAUGGGGGAGAAUCCCCUACAAAUAGAAAUAAUGACCUGCAUGAUUUAGAAGAAUCUGGUAAUGGCAAUGAGGGUGGACCAUAUACAUACUUUGGUGAGAGUCUUUGCAGUUCUGGUCCUUCCGAGUACAUUAAAGAAACUGAAAUCGACCAGCAUGAAAAAGGAGAUGUUGAAGCUUUAUAUGCUGAGAAUGGUAAUGGGAGCAGGCAUGUUGCAUGCUUUUUUGAGAGCCCUUAUAAUUCAGGACAUGAUGAAGAUAGUAUAAUUCAGGAAUUUGAAAGUCAAAAUUAUGAAUUUCUUUCUACUGCAACUCAGGAUGAGCCUGUUAUCAACAUUGUCGAUUUUUCGGUAAGUGUUCCCGAACAUGUCAAGCUUGAUGAAGUACAUCAAAGUGAAACCGAGGAAGUAAUGGUAAAUAGUGAAGAAAGUAUUGAUGUGACCCUCAAUGAUGAGGUGGUACAGGUGGAUGUUGGAUCAAAAGCCAAUGAUUCAUCCCUUACAUGUCAAACACCUGAGAAGGAUGAUGAUACCAGCUCCAGGCCUCGGAGAAUGUUUUCUCCUAAGGUAAAGCCUGCAUCAGAAAAGAAACUUACAAUGGAAAAACUGAAUACCAAGGGCAUUAUUGAUCGAUUUCAAAAACACGAUUCUAAUGAAGCAUCCAGAGGCUCAAUGAAACCUAAAACAAGUGAAAGCAAAGGUUUACUUGUAAAGAGAACAGAAAAGAAGUCACCUCGACCUGCCAGUUUCCUCACUUGUUCAGGGGUAACUUCAAAAGCAGAGGAUGCAAUUACAAGUUUGAAGGGAAAAGAACUCCGACAUAAGAAAAGCAUUGUGAAGGAUCUAAGAUCUGAAAAGGCAGUCACAGCUCGGUCCUCAUUGUCAGAUCAGUCUUUUCCUGGAGUACGCCCGACUGUUAACAGAUCAAGCAAGGCGCACAUCACUCAGAGUACUGCAGGUUUCAGUUUUAAGACUGAUCAACGAGCGGAAAAUAGGAAAGAGUUUUAUACAAAAAUCGCGGAGAAAAUGCAAGCUAAAGAGGUUGAGAUUAACCAAGUUGAAGCAAAAACACUGGAAAAACAAGCAGCUGAGAUGAAACAAUUCCGAAGAAGUCUCAACUUUAAAGCUACACCGAUGCCUUCUUUCUACAAUGAAUCUGCUGGGGUUUCAGAUGAACACAAGGUUAAACCAAUCAGCACAACAACAAACCAACCACGACCUCGUUCACAUUCUAUGGCCACACGCCGUGACAAGAAUGCAUCCAAGUCUUGUGUUCCAUCAGACACCAGACCAAGCUCUUCAACAUCAUCAACCAACAGGAGAUCCGUGAAGGAGCAAGAGAAGAAAAACAACACACGUUUGGCCAAACAUAAAGAGACAGAACCAAGAGCAAGACAUAUGGUGCGGAAGCAGACAAAAGACAUGCACAUGGGCAGCAGUUCUAAAUCAGGACGUUUAGCAGUCGGUGUUGCAUCUUAAAGUAAUUGCCACAGGGUUGGCGAUCGAUGUUGUAUUAAGGUAGAGAAUAAAGAUGUGGUACAAAUCUCUCUUUUCACAGUUUGAUUUAGUAAUUAAUUAGUCU